AGUGAUCCAGAAAUGGUCGCACCGUUUAGUGAAUUGUGGGCCGAAAAAAGUUGUUUAACUGAAGAGUUAAGAGCUCUGAACGCAAGCAAUGGAUACGAAGUGAUGGCAUUGAAAGCACAGCUCAAGUCAGCCAUCGAUUCAAUGGAGACAAUGACUGAAGAAAUCAAUGAAUUGAGAGAAAAGUUUUUGAUCUUUGAUAACAGAGGUUUGAGUGAUUGGUUGUCAGUAUUGAAACCAUUGAAACACAUCAUUAAAUCCGAUGUCAAACAAUUGGCUCAAGAAAUAAAUGAACAGAAUAUAAGGGGUUCAAUGAGUGAUUCGUCAUUCAGUUCUUCAUCGAUCGGAUCUCACAAUGAAAUGACCACUAAUUCAGACAAAACCAGAGAUGAGAUCAAUAUUAGGGAUAUGUUUAAGAAAAUCGAGAAUCAAAUCAAAACUCAAUACCAAAUGACAUACACUUUAUUGGAAGCUUUGGUUAUAGAGAAUGAGUUAUCGUUGACAGCACUCCAAGGCGUCAGACAAUUAGCCGAAGACUCGGAUGACAGCGAAUCCAUAGUUAUUUUUGGCUAA